AUGAACCCCUCCAAGCACGGCACUGCCGGCCGCUCACCCGCUGAACAACCACCCUCAGUGUUGAUAGGAGCCAGCAUGGACUCCCCGGGCAUGGAUUCCGGCCCGAAUGUUUCCCGUGCUACCUUGAUUCCGGAAAACUCGUCUACUACCCCUGAAAACCCUCGAGAUAAGCAAUGGUCAGACUCCGAUCUCAUCUCCCCCGCCACUCCGGCCCAGGCAGCCAAGGAUGCGAAAUCCGGAUCGGAGCUGCUACGUCGAUUGAGCCUUAGAGGCAACCCCCCCGUGCUGGAGGCACAUCCCCGAGAACAGUAUCCGAGUCUCAACCUGAGUGGGCGAAUCAUCAGCGCGGCUUUCUGCAUUCCUUACAAGCUGUAUCUUCGAACGGGUCAUGACUGGGAGCUUAAAACCCGCCCGGGAACAUCUGCCCUUUUCGACUCGUUUGCAUAUCUCGGUUCCAAUGAGACACGGUGGUCCCAUACGCUCGUUGGCUGGACUGGCGAAGUUGAACCGAUUCAUGAUACCGCUCCCUCUCUAGAGCAGAUUCCUCCCAACGCCAACGGUGUCAAUGGCGCCUCUGUGCCUCUCAAUAAGGCGGCGGCGCCGGUGCCCGUAGAUACCACUCAUCGACCACCCAGUCACCCUCUCGUGGAGGGGGUUUCGAUCGGCCCGGAAGAUCGGGAACGGCUUGAUAGACGGUUAGCAUCCAGUCGAUAUGGCAAAAUUGCACCAGUCUGGCUCACGCCUGAAUCCGAAAUGCCCGAGGACACAAUAACGCUAUCGGAUCAGGGCCGGUGGAGACGGUAUGCGGAACGGGAGCUCUACCCUCUACUUCAUUACAAGCAGCACGGCCCUACCGACGGGCGAUCGGAGCGGACAUGGUGGGCAGAUUAUGUUCGCAUGAACCGGCUAUUUGCGGAUCGGAUCGCCCAAGAGUACCGGGAGGGCGACAUUGUCUGGAUUCACGACUACCACCUGUUCCUACUCCCCAGUAUGCUGCGGCAAAGGAUCCCCAAUAUCUAUAUCGGCUUCUUCUUGCAUGCUCCCUUCCCAAGCAGCGAAUUCAUGCGCUGCCUGGCUAAACGCAAGGAGGUUCUCACGGGCGUCCUGAGCGCGAAUAUGCUAGGGUUCCAAACGUUCUCUUAUUCCCGUCAUUUCUCCUCGUGCUGCACUCGUGUUCUUGGGUUCGAUUCGAACUCCGCCGGGGUCGACGCGUAUGGUGCUCAUGUGGCCGUGGACGUGUUCCCCAUCGGCAUCGAUGCGAAGGCGAUCCAGAAGAUUGCUUUCGGGCCCCCGGACAUUGAGAAAGCUGUCGUGGGGAUCCGCAAGUUGUACGCCGGGAAGAAGAUCAUUGUCGGUAGAGACCGGCUGGAUAGUGUUCGAGGUGUCACCCAAAAGCUGCAGGCCUUCGAAUUGUUCUUGGAGCGAUAUCCCGAAUGGCGCGACAAGGUUGUGCUCAUCCAGGUGACCAGUCCCACUAGCGUUGAGGAGGAAAAAGAGGAGAACAAGAUUGCCGGCCAGAUCUCCAACAUGGUCUCGACCAUCAAUGGUCGUUUCGGCUCUUUGAGCUUCGCACCCGUCAAGUACUAUCCCCAAUAUCUAUCCCAGCAAGAGUACUUCGCGUUGCUGCGGGUCGCGGAUGUAGGUCUGAUCACCACCGUCCGUGACGGCAUGAACACGACCAGUCUGGAAUACAUCAUUUGUCAACAAAACAAUCAUAGUCCUUUGAUCCUGUCCGAAUUCUCCGGAACAGCCGGGACCCUGUCAAGUGCGAUUCACAUCAACCCUUGGGAUACUGCGGGUGUGGCAGGGGCCAUUAGCCAAGCUUUGGAGAUGGCGCCGGAGCAAAAGCAAUCCCAGCAUACAAAGCUCUACAACCACGUCAUUUCAAAUACCGUGUCGUCUUGGUCUCAGCAGUUCCUCACGCGCCUGCUGACCAACCUUUCCUCAUUUGAUCAAUCCGUGGCGACUCCGGCGCUCGACCGGGCCAAACUGUUGAAGCAGUACCGCAGAGCGCGGAAGAGGCUCUUCAUGUUUGACUACGACGGAACGCUGACACCGAUCGUCAAAGACCCCCAGGCCGCAAUCCCGUCGGACCGAGUCCUCCGGACCAUCAAAUCGCUGGCCGCCGAUCCUCGCAACGCCGUUUGGAUCAUCAGUGGACGAGACCAGGCCUUUCUUGACGAGUGGAUGGGUCAUAUCCCCGAGCUGGGAUUGAGUGCCGAGCAUGGCUGUUUCAUUCGCAAGCCACGCUCGGAUGAUUGGGAGAAUCUGGCGGAGCGGUCUAACAUGGGAUGGCAGAGGGAGGUCAUGGAAACCUUCCAGCACUACACCGAGCGGACGCAAGGAUCUUUCAUCGAACGGAAGCGGGUGGCACUCACGUGGCAUUACCGCCGUGCGGACCCCGAGUACGGCGCAUUCCAGGCUCGCGAAUGUCGCAAGCAUCUGGAAGAGACGGUUGGGAAAAGAUGGGAGGUUGAAGUGAUGGCCGGAAAGGCGAAUUUGGAAGUGCGACCGACCUUUGUCAACAAGGGGUUCAUUGCCACUCGAUUGGUGAAUGAAUAUGGAACUGGCCCUGGAAAGGCCCCCGAGUUCAUCCUUUGCUCGGGUGAUGACUUCACAGACGAAGGUAAACUCAUUCCCUCUUCUAUCACUCUUAGUUGCCUGAUUGACUGA